AUGCCGAGACAAAUACCACGACUUCGCUGGGCUGGCGGUGACAGCCGUUCAAGCGUCUGGUUUGGACUUGCAAAGCUGUGCAUGCACGACAAAUACGUGCGAAUCGAAGCCAUUCGGAGGAGCAGGCGGGGUCGGGCACGUGCCGCAAUACUUACCGAAGCAGCUGCCGGAGCUACCACUGUUACUACGCCUGGUGAUGACCAACAGGGAACCGAGACGGAGCCACCCAUGGAGGAGGGCAUUGACGAUGAAGACACACAGGCACAGGAGGCUCAAGCCGGAGAUGUGGAGAAUGGCACAGCGGCGGAUCUUGCACACGUCGCGGGAGCAGGAGAGGCAAGUGGUCCGGAGGAUAGGAAUCUGAGGUCCAUUCCCGUAGAGCAUGUGGCGCGAGAUCCCAUGCCGGGCCUGAUAAAUCUGGAGAGAACUGCCAAGCACAAGAGUGUGCUCCUUCGCUUCAGCCCUCAAAAGCAGCAUCAACGAGGACGAGAAGCAGCAUACGAGCUCUUGCUGCCCAUACGCCUGAUGAAGACAACCAAGAACCACAGCGGGCUCCUUCUCGCCGUAUGCCAGCGGUCUCCUCCAUACGAUCUGGGAGCGCAAGAACCGUCACUGGACACCAGAAUUCUCCCGCUAACCGUCAGGGGUCCUGUCGAUUCUCAUCUCCUCGACCCUCAAUUGUGCGGUCAACCAGAACUGGGAGCACCACAACGAUUAGUGUGGAUCACGGUACUACCUCUUUUCCGCAAGAGAAUCGGCAGCGCUGCGCGCCGCACUCAUCCAGGGAUCCUUCACGCGACUCUACAGUUGCUGAAUAUCGCGACAGUCUAUUUAAUUCUGAUGAACGAGACAGGACAGCAUCUCAACCCUCUUUUCGACCCGAUUUUCAAGCAAUGCGGCAAACCAAUUCGAACUCCAUUUCAAGAAGACUGA